CUACACAGUUUUAAAAUAUAGUAUCUAGAUCCAGUUAAAAAAUGCCUACUCCUACAUUUGAAGUAGUAAAUAAAAAUCAUGAAAAUCAAAGUGUCAAAGCAAUUUGUUUUUCCCAUGGGAAAUUAAAGGAUCAGGAAAAGUCCAAUCUUAGCAUAAGAUGCUAUAAACAAGCAAAUACAUCUGUUUCCAAAGCAAGUGAUGUCGAAAAAUGUAUUGUGAAAGCUGAAAUUAACUCCAUGACCUAUAUAGGGAAAAAUUAUGGUGAUACAGACAGGUUCUCAACCAAAACGUGCGAUUAUCACAUUGCUAUCUUCAAUAAAAAGAGUAACAAAGUUAAAGUGAUCCCUGCUCAUUUGAUUCAGCUGGAGCCUUGGCUUGAAGAUAAAAGUUCCAAAGAUGAAGUUGAUACAGCUACCCACUCAUAUAAACAAAAGAAAGAUGCACUGACUAGAGAGUUUGGCUCAGGCAGGAGUCAGAGGGCAGUCAAUAAGAGGCUCAAGAAUACAAUGGAUGAGGAAAUGAUUGCUGCCACUACAAAAUCUAUUGUUACAGUUUCUACAGAAACAACAGGUACCACAGAGCCAGUGGAGUCUGUGAAAACUGAGAUUUCCACUAUACCACCAUAUGAUAUUGAUGCUAAAACACCAGAUGAAGUUUAUAAGAUACAGACAAUUAUUCCUCCUGAACUUGUUCCAAGUCUGACCAAAGAAUCAGAAAAUUUCUUCAACUGUAAACAAAGUGAUGUCAACACGUGGAGAACUGAAAAAAAGUAUUACACUACAGUAUUGAAUCACUUGGACAGACUGUCUUUGAGAGAAGAUGUCAGAACUUCACAGUGUCAGUGUCUCUUGUAUCUCCAAUAUCUGAUGGAAACAUUUAUGAUGAAAGCUCAUCAAUUACGUACAAAGACUCCUCUUCCUAAAGAGUGGCCUGGUCCAGUCAAAGAUCAGAUACUGAAAGUGUUUACAUUAGAAAUAAAAGAGCCCAAUAAGAAACCAAAAAGAUGUGUUCCAUCCAGAAUGAAAGAUCUCCUUCUGUCCUACAUCAUAGUGUUAUCCCUUAGACUCAGUCAAUUCACUUUACCUCUGGGAUCCUUAACAACAGACCUUCAGUUGGCACAGAAAAGGCUGUCAAUACAUGCCACUACAUUAGGAUGUACUCUAAAAAGAUCCAAAGGACAGAAAGGAGGAGAUGCCCUUAUAGCUGUACUUAAUGUGCCGUUAAAAUUUCCAGAAAUAAAAGGAAAGUCUGAAAAGAAAAGAAUAUUUUAAUAAAAAAAAAAGAAUUAUAUUGAAAUAAGUUUGAUUUAUUGCAUAGUAUGCUUGUUGACUUCACUGACAUAUAAAACUUUAUAUGUUACCAGCAAAAUGCCAAAUCCUGCAUUCUAUAUAAUUCCUUGGUAAUGUCUAGAAUGCCUGAAGAUUUCAGGUAAAGUAGAAAAUGAUUUCUUUAUUUCCUACUUUGCCUUUGCAUUGUAUAAUAUGUGACUAGAACUGCCUCAGGCAAAGUGUGAAAUGUUGAUUUUAAGUAUUUUAUUAAUAAUAAUUAAUAUAAUAAGUUUAAUUAGUUUGUUUUAUUACACACUUAGUUGUGUAAAUCUUUAUUGUUGUAGGUAAAUUGUUGAUAUAAAGUAUUAUAAAAGAUGUUUCCUAUUGUGUUAUAUGGAAGGUAAAGAAAAGAAAAUGUGAUUAAGGAAAAUGCCCGCAUUA